AUAUUAUUAACCAAAAGUAGCAAUUUUCGAUUCAUCCGUGAUUCAAUUCGCGCUUCAAUUUCAUUCCGCCAAACCAAAUGAGGGUAAAAGUUCAAAAGUCGAAAUAACGGCAGCCCGCCAAAGCAUCCCCCCUCCAUUUGAGAGACAAACGCCGAGCUCUGCUCAGAAGCAGGAAACCGCCUCAGAGGCGGUACGUUUCGAGGAUGGAGAGCGGCUUGAUCGCCGUCGACCGUUGGGCCGCCGGCUGCCAGGCAUACUUCCUAACCCACUUGCACGCUGAUCACACGGUGGGAUUGUCGUCCUCGUGGGCGCGGGGCCUGCUUUUCUGCUCCCGCAUCACCGCCAAGCUCUUCCCCUUCAAGUUCCCGAAAUUCCGCCUCUCCUUGCUCCGAAUCCUCGACGUCGGCUCCUGGAAUUCCCUUUCUCUCCGUUCCCCUUCCUCCGCUUCCGAAACCACCGUCCAGGUCAUGGCCAUUGAUGCUCAUCACUGCCCUGGCGCGGUUAUGUAUUUGUUUCGUGGUGAGUUUGGCUGUAUGCUGUACACUGGUGAUUUUCGUUGGGAAACAACUAAUGGGAGGGCAAAGACGGGAAGGACUAUGCUCCUGAAUGCUCUUGAGGGUGAUGCAGUUGACACCCUAUAUUUGGAUAACACCUUCUGCAAUCCAUCAUUUUCUUUUCCAUCUCGAGAAGUUGCUGCCCAGCAGGUUGUUGAUAUCAUUGCUUCUCAUCCUGAACACGAGAUCAUCAUUGGGAUUGACUCAUUGGGAAAAGAAGAACUUCUACUUCACAUUUCACGCACAUUAAAAAUAAAGAUUUGGGUCUGGCCAGAACGCUUGCAAACUCUGCAUCUUCUUGGGUUCCAGGAAGUCUUCACAACCAACACUUCUCUUACAAGAGUGCGAGCUGUUCCCCGUUAUAGUUUUAGCAUUGACACUCUAGAGGGACUAAACACAAUGCGCCCAACCAUAGGAAUAAUGCCAUCUGGUCUGCCAUGGACAGUGAAAUCUACUGAAAGAAAUGGCAAGCUUUUUUGUUCUCUUUCAGUUUCUAGUCAGGAGAGAAACAAAGGGUGUACAAAUGGGGGGAUACAAAAUGACAACAAUAGGCCAAAUGGGAAUUUAAGAUCUAUGGAAAGGUUUCAUCAGUACAUUUAUUCAGUUCCAUAUUCUGAUCACUCAUGCUAUAGUGAGAUAAAAGAUUUCAUUAAGCUUGUUCAACCAACGAACAUGAAGGGCAUUGUAUCCUCAUCGUUUUGCUAUGCUGAUCCUUUUUACUAUUUUGGCCAUCUUUGUGGAACAAAGCAACCAUCACAGAGAUUCCUUCAGAAGUUAGGAAAGAACGGGGAAGUUGAAGGAGUUGAAGGUGUUAGAAGCAAAUUUGCACUUGCAAAUGAGGAUUUCGGCAAGCUGAGAAGGAAAAGAGAGAUGAUUAGAAAGAUUGAUUAUCUGGGUGUUCGUGCAAGCAGGGUGACUGUUCUGAGGCGAGUACGGCAUGGUGCCAAGAUCAGUGAAAGUGAAUCCUGAUCGUUAAGCAUUAAAUGUUGCUAUUACCAUGAAGGUUGUCUGUGUAAGUGUGAAUACUGUCUCACAUACUAGGAACUCAAUUGAGUGUCUGUAGUGAGUACAGCUUGAUGUGUAGACUUAGGAGUUGUCAAAAAAAGGAUGAUGGCAAUAUGUUAAUUUGAAAAUUUAUGAAUAAUGUUUCAUAUAGGUCUGAUUUUUUAGGA